AUGGUGGCUGGGCUAGAACUUGUGCCAAAGGUUCAAAUAGAUAUGGCAGUAGAAAGAUUUCCCCCCAUCCCUGGAUGCUCCAAGAAUACAAUUUCAUGCUCAAUGAAACUCUGCAAAUUGUGCAGAGUACAGUCGCCAAGCAAGCAACUGUCAAUUGAUGAAAGGACUGUGGCUCCCCAUACCGGUAUUCAUCGAUUGGGCGCUGACUCCCUUGAUACGGUAUAUCUUCCCAAUUUAUAUCCCAGAUCUCUUUUUCGUUUCUGGCUUAUAAUAAAAUCAAAUCAGGAUGAAAUUAUGAUGGCAUUAGAAGAGAAGUUAGGACUUUCAAUUGGAGAAGGUGGUGCUGAGAAUAUAGCAAAAGUUCAAGAUGCUGCUGAUCUGAUUGAAAGAGAGAGUGAAGGCUGCUUCUGCUUAAUUUAA